AUGGAGAUUCUCGAGCUUGUCAACCAAGACCACCUUCCCACCGAGGAGCGUCCUUUUGCAUGCACCGUUUCCUCUUGCAACAAGACCUUUGGCAGACGCUCAGACCUUGUACGCCACCUACGUAUCCAUACCAACGAGCGACCAUUCAAGUGCCGUGAACCUGAUUGUGGCAAGAGCUUUAUCCAGCGAUCAGCCUUGACCGUGCAUAUGCGUACCCAUUCAGGCGAGAGACCACACAUUUGUGAAUACCCAUCAUGCAACAAGAGUUUCAGUGACAGCAGCUCACUAGCACGUCACCGCCGCACGCAUACUGGCAAACGACCUUACAGAUGCCCAUUUGACGGAUGCUCCAAAAGCUUUGUGCGUAAAACAAUGCUUACCAAGCAUAUGAAACAUGAUCAUGCUAGCAAUGGUAAACGACCCAGUGUGCAGUGGCGUCCGUUUAUCGAAGAACGUCGUCUUGUUCAACAACAACAACAACAGCUACGACAGCAACGAUGCACGUGCGCUGAAUGUUUCUAUGGUGUUUUGCAUUCGCCCACAACAUGGCAACAAGCUGCUGCUGUGGCAGGUUCAUCACCUCCACCAGCACCACCUUCUCUCAUUGUAGAAAGCCCAAGCUCAAGCUCAGUGGAUGAUCUUCCACCCACAUCACCUGGAUUGUUACCAAGCCCAUAUUAUCCAUCACAACCCGGUGUCGUUCUUCCCAGCCUCUCAAGCUUUAUCGACGUUAAGGAUCAGCCCGAAAAUCGACGUGAUAGUGGGAUUUCUCUAUACUCUCUUUGA